UACAUAUCGCAGAACAUCAACAGCCGGUGCGCCAGAGAGAAGAACUUGUUUGCGGCGGAAUCACGUGUGCCGCUCGGGUUAAAAUCAAAGAAAAUGUCGAUUAUUUGACACAUUAUGAAUCGACGAUCUGAACUUUAUCCGGAUAUGAAGGACUUUUGUCUUCACUGAUUUAUUUAUUUAUUUUUAAUAUAAGGACCGGAAAACAAUAAAGAAAGAAAAACAGAAGCGAAGUGAGUGGAGCGAUGAUGAACUCAGGCAUGCAUAAGCCACCUGUGGCCCCUAAACCAAAGCUUCCUUACUACGAAAGUCCACGGCAAUCUCCUUUGAUCCCCAGAAAAGGUGGCCUCUCGCAACCAUCUCCUGGCACGCAGAUGAAGGUGAAACCGGCGCUAGCCCCCAAACCCUGCCCCUCUAAAUUCAACACUCCUGUGGAAGAGAGGCAACCUGUCUGGACGAGCCCACGUCAGACAUCUGCGUCGGAUACCCCCCAGACUGUAGGUUGCCUUGCUUCCCAAAAUGGACUGCCGCACGAGAGCAAAAGGCCUGACUGGGAUUACGUUGUUCCUAUUUGUCUGUGCAGCAGUGACAACUGCACAUGCGUCAAUUCUCAAGGCACCCGCAAUCAUAGCAGAGAGAAAAUAAACAAUGAAUACUUCAGAACAACGAACGCCUCUCCCACCCAUACUCACUAUCAGUCUGUUCAAGACGAACAUGCUAUUUACCAAAAUGUCACUGUAAAUACUAAUAUUUCCCGUCCUAAGGUGGCUUUUCGGCCGACUUCUCCUCACAGAACGCGGGGUGAUGAGGCAAAUGAUGGAAUUCUUGACGGUGUACCUGGACAAGUACCAGAGGAAGAUGCUCUCAGUGUGCCACGACCCAAACUAAUCCCAGCUCCCCCUAGGAAGCCCAGUCCUAUCCCUGUACCACAGAAACCCAGGCAAGCUGUUCAGGACCAUAAGGAAAAGGGGGAGAAGGGGAAGGAAGAGUCUGUAAGCCAAGAUGGCAGAGAAAUAAACACCAAAAAUGUGGCGGUGUCACCAGACAGGAAGGGCACAUCAUCACUGUCUGUCAGUGCACCUGAAAGUGAAAAGAAACUGCCAGCUUUUCCGUCAGUGAAAACUUGUCCCCCUCCAGCUGCUCCACCCAAGAAAAAACCUUUUCUGUCUGAGCUCGAAAAAGUACUGAGCUCGGCUCCUCAGGCAAUUCCAAAGGACGUGAAAGGGGAACAUCUCGAUUGGGGCCGUGGCACUUAUGAGAUGGAUUUCUCCGCUAAAAAGAAUAAUAAAAAGAUUCAGAGGAAAGCAAAGGGUGAUGAGGAGGAAGCUUGUGGCAUUUUGCAUAGUCAGCCGGCCCUCAGCCAGCCUGUUGCCACAGCGGAGAAAACUGGGAUGGGUAAAGUACCUCCAAAGAAGCCCCAGAGAAAGAAGCUGCUGAAUCAGAAUAAGGUAUCCUCUGAGGAGAGAGCAGCAAGGGAGUUUGAAGGACAUGGGAAAAAGAAGGAGCCGCCUCUGCCUUCCACUGACAAAUCAAGCGGUAACCAUCCAGCAGCUGAAGUUAAUAGGCAUUCUCGCUCCAGUGUGAGCAAAGCCAAGUCCUUCUCCGGCGCUGACAUCAUUCGCUCUAAAAAAGUACAGAAGACAAUUUCUUUCCGGAAACAGCCCUUGAAAUUAUCAAAGAGUAGGUUACCCAGGCAGACGGAAAAAGAAGACCAGUUCCCAGACUACACUCCCGAUGAUAAUGAACUAAGUGUUGACAACGACGAAGACCUAUGGCAGAACUGUCCCGAACGUAAAUUCUCCGCUCCAUUUACUGAGUUUGAGCAAAAUGUGGACGGAGAAAAUGAAGGAGAAGUUGUCCCAUUUGAGGACAGCCCUGUGUAUGAGGAGAUAUCAGACUUCGCCAGUGUGGAAAAUUCAGGGCCAUAUCCUCAGGACCCCUACUCACAACCUAAACCAUGGCAGAGCUCAGUUUACACUGACCCACAGGGCUUAUACUUACACCCUGACUCCUCGGAGAGCUCAGUGUAUGAUAAUGAGGGCAUUUAUGAGGAGCAGGAUCCAUAUAUGUCCCCGGAGAAAGACCACCAACAGACACCAGCACUCUGUGACAGAAGCUCCUUUGAAAAGGACAUUGUUCUUGAGGUGCCGUUUGAUGAUGACUUUAUCCAGACCACCUCAGAAGACGAAGGCGAGAAUGACAGCAGCUCUGACUCAAGUAAAGGUGACCCUGAGCAGCCAGAGGAGAAAACGACGGCGAGUGAAAAGAAGAAAAACAAGAUAUUCAACAUUGCACAAGAAAUUAUGACCUCUGAGAGUGUGUUUGUUGACGUCCUGAAGCUGCUUCAUGUUGACUUCCGUGAUUCAGUGUCUAAAGCCUCUCGCCAGAGUGGGAAGCCUGUGAUUGAGGACCGUCUUCUAAACCAGAUACUGUACUCCCUCCCACAGCUCUACGAACUCAACCAAAACCUCCUCUCCGAACUGAGACAAAGAAUAGCUAAAUGGAACGAGAAUCCCCAGGUAGCAGACAUUUUCCUGAAACAGGGGCCCUAUCUGAAGAUGUACUCGACAUACAUUCGUGAGUUUGACAGGAAUGUGGUUCUCCUGGAUGAGCAGACUAAGAAGAAUCCAGCAUUUGGCGCAGUAGUACGGGAAUUUGAGGCUAGUCCACGCUGCGCCAGCUUGGCUCUGAAGCAUUACCUGUUAAAACCUGUACAGAGGAUUCCUCAGUACCAGCUGCUACUCACAGAUUAUCUAAAAAACCUGCCUGAAGAUGCAGACGACUACAAAGACACAGAAGCUGCCCUUGCUAUAGUGAAAGAGGUGGCCAGUCAUGCAAAUGACUUCAUGAAACAAGGGGAUAUCUUCCAGAGUUUGAUCCGUGUCCAGUGCCGUCUGAUUGGCAACCAUGAGAUUGUCCAGCCUGGCCGGAUAUACCUUAAAGAGGGGAUCUUGAUGAAGCUGUCGAGGAAAGUUAUGCAGCCCAGAAUGUUCUUCCUGUUUAACGACAUGUUGCUGUACACCAAACCCGUUCAGUCAGGCCAGUACAUGUUCAAAAACACGCUGCCCCUCAGAGGAAUGAAGGUUAGCAAACCGAGUCAAGAGGCCUAUCAGAACGAGCUGAACAUCGUGAGCGUGGAGCGCUCUUUCAUUCUCUCCGCGAGCUCGGCCGAGGAACAGGACGAAUGGCUUGAAGCGAUUUCCACAGCGAUCAGUGAACACACCAAGAAGACGAGCAGCUUUACCCCUGGCAAGCCUCGAGAUGUGCUGGAUGGCACUGAUGUUGGCGAUGGUGCUCCUUUGGGAUCCAAAGCCCCCAUAUGGAUCCCUGACAAGCGGGCCUCCAUGUGUAUGGUCUGCACCUCCAAGUUCACCCAAACGUGGAGGAGACAUCACUGCCGUGCGUGUGGAAAGGUUGUGUGCCAAUCUUGCUCCUCCAAUGAAUUCCCUCUCGAAUAUAAAAAGAACAAGUUUACUCGAGUGUGUGACCAGUGUUUCCAAGUUCUUUUGGAGCAGAAAGGCGAACAGACCCAUCAACUUGGAAAAAGAACUGCGUUUACUUUCCACAAAAAGCAGAAGUUGAUACCCGCAACCCUCAAAGAGGUGACGGCCAGCACAGACGACUCCUCUAUGAGUGGGUACCUGCAGGUGUCCAAGGUGGCUAAAAAGCACGGGAAGAGGUUAUGGUUCGUCAUUAAAGACAAGGUCCUGUACAAAUACGCAGCAAGUGAGGACGUGGCAGCUUUGGAGAGUCUGCCCCUGCUGGGAUUUGUUGUAAAAGCUGAUUCCUCACAGACGUCGCAGUUCAAACUCUACCACAAAAACAAAGUUUACUACAUUUUUAAAGCUGACAGCCCAGAGACUGCCCAAAAAUGGAUCACGUCUUUUAAAGAGGCUGCUGUGCUUUAAUAUCUGCUGUGUGAAGCUGCUGGCUGUGCUUGCCUCGGCUGAAACUGUUUUACCUCAGUGCUCCCAGAAAUCUGUAAACAGCAUCUGGAGUCACCAGUUUUGUGCGUUUUGUUUUUAUUGAUUUUAUUGUAAUUACUGUAACUACUUUUUACAUUGUUUUUAGAGCUCUCUUGUGGAGAUGGGAUUUACCCAUUUUUAUUUUUGCACAGUCACAUGAAUCUUUUCCACAUGCAUUUAAAAAGUUUAGGCUUCAAUGUCAGAAAUCCAUUUUUAGACUUUAAUUUUGGGUUAUGCUUUUAAUGCAAUUGUCUAAUGUCGUGCUUGGAUUGCCAUAGCACAGAUUUGGUGAAAAAGAGAAUUAUCCAUUAGUUACUGUGGACACGGCUGCUGUCAUAGCAUGUGAACACACGUCUAUCCAGCAGAUUCCUAAAUAAAUUAUGUGGGUAUUUCUUGUGGUUUGAGAAUGCUUUUUUUUUUUUUCUUUUCACACUUCAUAAGUUACCAUAGAGCACGUUCAGAGCAAUGUUAAAACAAUGUUCACUUCCUGCUUGGGUAAGAAAUGUUUACUUUAUCUUCUUAGACUGGAGUCUGCAAUCUAAAGUCUCAAUGAUGUAUUGGUGGAGAAUUCACUGUUCAAACUGUCCCAUAAUGGGUUCUGCACCUAAGUCAAUCAAAUGGCUUCAUAUGAUUAUA